AUGGGGAGGUCGCCUUGCUGUGAGAAAGCUCAUACGAACAAGGGCGCGUGGACCAAGGAAGAAGACGACCGGCUGAUAGCCUACAUAAGGGCGCACGGCGAGGGCUGCUGGCGGUCGCUGCCCAAGGCAGCGGGGCUUCUCCGGUGCGGAAAAAGCUGCCGGCUCCGGUGGAUCAACUAUCUCCGGCCAGAUCUCAAAAGGGGGAACUUCACGGAGGAGGAAGACGAGCUUAUCAUCAAGCUACAUAGCCUGCUCGGUAACAAGUGGUCACUUAUAGCUGGGAGGCUGCCAGGAAGAACAGACAAUGAGAUAAAGAAUUAUUGGAACACACACAUCAGACGAAAGCUUCUGGGCCGAGGCAUUGACCCAACUACUCACCGCCCAAUCGUCACCGAGCCCACACCAUCACCUUCUUCAGCCACAAUUUCGUUCUGUGGGCCCAAAUCGAACUCCGACCUGAACAUUGGGCUUUCGACCAACGACGGCCCAAACCCGAUUGGCGAAAAGUGCCCCGACUUGAAUCUCGAUCUCAGGAUCAGCCCGCCCAAUCACCAACACAAUCAAGACCCGUUGAGUACAGUAGGAAUUGGUAUUGAUAUUACUGCUGAUGAUGAUAAUAAUAAUAAU